CUGCCAAGUAAAGUCAUGCAUCUGACAGAGCUGGUACUUCUAGAUCAAUCUGUACAACCAACGUCAGCUAAUAACGGGCUAGCCAAGACGCUGUUGCUACCUUGCUGGUAUAAAUGGAAAGGGAAGCCACAAAAGCUAAGAAACUCAACCUUCGCCACUUGCAUCAGCAAUAUACAACAAAGUGAUUGUUUUACUCGGUUGUCUAAUGCUUCAGUUGAUGCCUUUGAGCCAAAUUGUGCUGCUGGCGAUCAGCGCACUGCCCCUCACAUCUGCGGUGUCAUGUCCGUAUAUCGGCGGUAAUGGUGCCCGCGACAAUGCGGGCCGUAUCCCCCAUCCCGAGUCAAUUGUGGAGCCUGGAUACAGCCCUGAGGACCCUGGCUUUGGGCGAUGCUCAAGGAAAAGCAAAGUUGCUGGCGGUGGUACUAGAAGCGAAGACUGGUGGCCGUGCGACCUUAACCUGGCGGUGCUGCGUCAGAAUGGAGAGAGCUCAAACCCCUGGGAUGCCAAAUUUAACUAUGCUACUGAGUUUGCAAAGUUGGACGUGUCCGAACUCAAAAAGGACCUCACGGAGUUACAGACAAACUCUCAGAGUUGGUGGCCGGCUGACUUUGGCAACUAUGGUCCUUUUCUCAUCCGUCUAUCAUGGCACAAUGCUGGCACUUACCGAAGUGAAGAUGGCCGUGGAGGAGCUGGUAUGGGACAGCAAAGAUUUGCUCCGCUCAAUAGCUGGCCUGAUAACGCCAGUCUUGACAAAGCUCGCCGGUUGCUAUGGCCUAUUAAACAAAAGUAUGGCCGCAAGCUCUCAUGGGCUGACCUAAUGGUAUUUGCCGGUAACAUGGCAAUGGGAAAUAUGGGCUUCCCAACAUAUGGCUUUGCCUUCGGUCGGGAAGAUACGUGGCAAUCGGAUGAGGGAAUCUACUGGGGCUCUGAGCAGGAGUUUUUCCCUAGCCCCAAUAGCAACAAAGACCGCUAUAGUGGAAGCACCGAUAUCCAUGGGCGAGCAAAGAAUCUCGAGGAACCACUCAGUGCGACGAACAUGGGACUCAUUUACGUUGACCCGAGAGGCCCCAAUGGCACACCCGACCCAAAAGCAUCCGCUCUAGAUAUCCGCGUGACUUUCGGUCGCAUGGGUAUGGACGACGAAGAAACUGUUGCUCUUAUUGCUGGAGGUCACGCCUUUGGGAAGACCCAUGGUGCUGUUUCGGAGGGGUUCAUCGGCCCUGCGCCCAACGCUGCUGGUAUUGAGAACCAGGGUCUGGGGUGGAAGAAUAGCUUUAACACUGGUGUGGGUAACAAUAGUUAUACAAGUGGUCACGAGGUUAUCUGGUCCAAAACCCCCACCAAGUGGGCUAAUGAGUUCCUGGGUUCUUUAAUUCAUAACAAUUGGACCCUUGUUAAGAGUCCUGGUGGUGCGCCUCAGUGGGAAGCUGUAAAUGCUGAUGCUUCUUACCCCGACGCAUUUAUCCCUGGAAAGCUUCACAAGCCUACGAUGCUCACGAGCGAUCUCGGCCUCAUCCAUGAUCCUAUAUACAACAAUAUCUCCAAAGCAUUCCUCAACGACUUCGAUUAUUUUACGGAGAAGUUCGCCUUGGCUUGGUACAAGCUUCUUCACCGUGAUAUGGGUCCUGUUUCACGCUAUCUUGGGUCGGAGGUCCCUAAGGAUGAGCACCUUCUCUGGCAGGACCCUCUCCCUGCCGCAAGCUACAAGAUAAUCGACGAUGCGGACGUGAAACGGCUGAAACAAGAUAUUCUCGGUGCACCGAACGUAAAUAUCUCCAACCUGGUAACCACUGCUUGGGGCUCUGCUUCAACCUUCCGUAUCUCAGACAAGCGUGGCGGUGCCAAUGGAGCCCGCAUUGCCCUGCAACCUCAGCGAUCCUUCUCAGUCAAUAACCCUGAACGCCUGGCGGCUGUCCUGAAAUCUCUGCAAGAAGUUAAAGACAAGUUUAACUCUGCCAACAAAAAAAAGCAGGUCUCCCUAGCCGACCUCAUCGUUUUGGGGGGUACUGCUGCCGUGGAAAAAGCUGCCGCAGAUGCCGGCACAGCUAUCAAGGUGCCUUUUACCCCUGGCCGUGUCGACACUACUCAGGAUCUGACUGAUGUCGAAACCUUUGCUUACCUCGAACCUCGCACAGAUGCCUUCCGUAAUUACGGCCACGGAAAUUCUCGUUCACUCACUGAAGAGAUGAUGGUCUCUAGAGCUGCACUUCUUACGCUCAGCAUCCCUGAGAUGACAGUCCUUGUUGGUGGUAUGCGUGCACUCGGUGCAAACUACGACGGGUCAGCCUUUGGCAUUCUCACAGAUCGCCCUGGGCAGCUGACCAACGAUUUUUUUACCAACCUAUUGGACGCGUCCACCGUUUGGUCGCCUGUUGCUGAUACCAAUGAGGAGAAGUUUGAAGGCAAAGACCUCUCUAGUGGCAGCCCAAAGUACAAAGCCACGCGUGCUGACCUCAUCUUUGGUUCACAUGCUGAGCUACGUGCGGUGGCUGAAGUGUAUGGUUCUGGCGAUGCGCAGGAUAAGUUAGUCAAUGACUUUGCACGAGCUUGGGUCAAGGUCAUGAAUUUGGAUCGCUACGAUGUUAAGUGAUUGGCGUAAAUGAACUAGGGCCGAAUCAGAGUGUCAGAGAAUGUGAGGCUAUGAGUAAUAUAAUUAUACAGGAUUCAAAGGAUCCUGAAUAUAUAAUUAGAUAUUAAUUGAACUGAAUUCACCGGGUC